AUGGGGAACAUCGAGGAGCUCGAGGCAGCCGCCCCGGGCGCGCACCCUGGCGAACCCCGGCAGAGCCACAGGUGUCUGCGCGUCGGAGUGGGGGGAACCAGAGCUGGUUCUCAGGGUGCCGCGGACCCCUACCCGCGCCGCCCACAGUCCCCAGGGUCCCCAAGCGCGCCCACCCCACGCCGGAGGCUAGGGGAGCUCCGUGGCUCGGCCAGGAUGCCCGGACCCAAGCCCGGCCUGCCGCGCAGCGUCUCGCCCCGCCGCCGCCGCCGCGCUCCGGCCCCUUGCCUGCGCCCUGCCCGCUCUCCGCUCCGACUCACCGACACCGGCUCCGGGGAAAGUUUGGUGGCGCGGCGGCCGCGACGGCCAGGCUGCUCGGGGCUCGGUGGCGGCGUGGCGCCGAGGGAGCCGACCCGGAGGCGGGGCGCCGGGGGAGGAGCCGCGCCGAGGGGGCAGCCCGGAGGGAGGCCGGGAAGGCGGAGACCCGGGCCCCGGGCCUGCCGCUCCCCGCCUCCGGCUUCGCGCGCCUCGGCCGCCCCCGCGCCUGGAGGCGGCGUGAGGGGCGCGACCUCUCUCCCUCCACACCCGCCCCGGGGCCCGAGCGGCGCCCCCAGAGCGCCCCUGCUUCGGGCCCGGCUCGGGGGCGCGGCUCCUCGGGUGGGGAAAGGAGCGUCAGAAGCUUGGCGAGAACUCCCUCCGCCCCGCGCACACCUGAGGGCGCGCACAGAGGCUAUGAUAUAUGGCGAUGAAUGGGGAACUGGCUGUUGAGAGAGCAGCAACAGCCACAGAGCAAUACAGCGCAAGAAGGUUGCGCCAGGAGGCUCCACCCAUUUGCUGUGUGAUGCUGGGCAGCUCACUCAGCAUCUCUGGGCCUCAGUUGCUACAUCCACAAGAUGAAGUGUUUGGUUAUGUCAUCUCUGGCGUUCUUUCCAACAUGCAAAUUCUACUAUGGAUAAGUCUGUGCGCGCCAAUGAAUGUUCAUAAAUUAUUUUCGUCUCUCCAGACCCGUGAGACUGCGGAAAACUCUGCCUGGCCUGUGUCUCAGCACGUGCCUCCUGCUCAGUCUCUUUAUCCAGCUACUUUGAAAUUGGCAAAUUCAUGGGGAAGCACAUUGACUUCAGGCUCUCAGACUCUGGGAUUUCCAGCACUCAACUCCUGGCUUCCUGGAUAGCUCUUUGAAGCCUUUUAACAGAUUUUAAUUUUCUUUUCCACCAUUUUAUCUAGGUCUUCUAGUUGUCUAUUGAGAGGGCUGAUCUCUCUUUACAAGUUAGUUUGGCACAGGCAGAAGCAGAAGUCCCUUCAUAUGUUAGUAAGUAAAACAAGUAGUUAUAGAAUGGUAUGUAAAGUGGGUUCUGUUUAUAUGCAAAGUAUAUAUGUAUAUAUAUGUGUGUGUGUGUGUGUUCAUGAAGAAGAAAGAGAAAGAACAAAAGCUAUACACACUGCCUAACUACUGAGGUUUUCAUUUUUUAACAUAAAUAUUUCCAGUUUUAUACAAUGGACACUGAACAUGUCCAAACUGGGAUUGACUUUUGAGGUCAUUUAUAGUCCAUUCUAAAGGAGAUCAGCCCUGGGUGUUCCUUGGAAGGAAUGAUGUUAAAGCUGAAACUCCAGUACUUUGACCACCUCAUGCAAAGAGUGGACUCACUGGAAAAGAC